UUUGCCAUUGACAAUUUUAAAAUUUGUCCAUACAAAUUCUGUCUAGAGGUUAUAAAAAUAAUUAUGUUCUUUGAAUAAUCUUAAUUUAAAGAAUAUUUCAUUGUUUUAACUUACAACGGAAAACCAUUUAAGUAAAAUGGCUACAAUAUCCUCUGCUCCAGCUCCUGGUAUGCACCAGAUAGAUUUGUCAAAGCUAAAUCUAAACCAGUUGGCCAAGCUAAAACAGCAAUUAGAUCAAGAACUAAAUGUAUUUCAAGAUUCGUUACAAACUCUUAAAAUUGCUCAAGGUAAAUUUGUAGAAUCGGGUGAGAGCGUCGAAAAAAUAACGCCGGAAACAAAAGGAAAAACUAUACUUGUCCCUUUAACGGGUUCAAUGUAUGUACCUGGCACGAUACUUGAUACUGAGAAUGUUAUAAUAGACAUUGGCACUGGAUAUUAUGCACAAAAAGACAUAGAAAGUGCCAAAGAUUACUUUAAAAGGAAAGUACAGUUUGUAACUGAACAAAUGGAGAAGAUCCAACUGAUGGGAAUAGAGAAAUCAAAAGUGCGAGAAGCUAUUAUUAUGAUGAUGGAAAUGAAAGUCCAGGCACAGGCGCAGGCGCAAAAGGCAACCUCAUAACAUAGCAUUAUUUGAAUUAUCUUGCUUAACCAUAUAAUCCCUCAUUAAUUUUAAUGCAGAAUGUGCAUUUAUUAUAUUUGCCCCUUGUAACCAGCUAGGGUGAAAGUAGACAGUUCUUUUUAUUAAUGAAGCACUGUUAGUAGGAAUAUUUUCUAAUGAAUCCUCAAUUUGAAGUCACAAAAGCUCAAUGGUUAAGACUAACACGCCACAAAGAGACAGACUCAAAGAGAGAUGCCCAUCCACGGUCCAGGCUUACCUUUACCGCCCGGCAACUUAAUUAUAUUUAAAAAAUCUUGAUAAUUCUAGUUUAAUAACGAAAUCAUUACUUUAUCAAAAACAGUUUGCUGCAUUUUCAAUUCAUGUUUAAUUUGUCCACAACAGGAACGAGCUAAGAUUGUUGACUAUACAGCCUGAGUAUUAUGAUAUUUUUUAAAACUUAUGACUGGUUUGUUUGUUUUCUUGUUUAUUAAGCUUGUUGGUAACAGAAAAAAAUAAUACAGCUUCAAAUGUUACUUCGCCUCUUUGGUAAACCAAUGAACAUUUUGCCCUAGAGGAGUAGUAAAAAAAUUUAUUAUUCUUUAAGAAACAUACUUUUAUUAAGCUAAUUAUUUAACGAGAGCCUUAUUUAUACAGCAUAUUAUCAUAUCCAUAUACUUUUACACCUGGGUUCCCUGGGCCAAUGUUAUAUGGGCCGGUUGGCAUUUCUCUUUAGGAGUUGCUGGUUCUAAUCACUGCUUGAUGGAUUGUUGUUGUAUACACUUUUAGCUGAGGCUUUUUACUUAGUUGGAGGAAAAUGGAGAAUAGAUAUUUUAUUCUUCCUUUUUUUUAAUAAUGUAUUACAAGCAUAGACUCCUUUGUUGUUACAGUUUCUCCACUCUUAAAAUAAUUGCAAACUCAUUAUUUCAAUUUGUAUGAACUGUCUAAUAUUGCCCUCGUCUUAUUAAUGUAUUGGUUCAGUUUCUAAUGAUCAUAUAGAACAAUUAAUUGUGAUGGUUGUUAAGAUAGAUUGAUUGAUUGUUACUGGUUUUUUAUAAUGAGUCAUUAUAAAGCUGAAAUUAAAUUAUUUGAUAACUCAUAA